AUGAGCGGUGCAAAUGUGGGUAAUCCAGCUGGUGCUAUUGCUGCUGUUGGUGGUCUUUCAUCACGAUCACAAGCAAGUGCAGCAAUUGAAGCAGCUCAUGCAAAAUUGGUAAAAAUGUUACCUGAAGGUGUUCUUCCUGCUCAAUUAACCGCCGCUCAACAAAAAUAUGAUUCAAAACCACUUUAUAGGCAAUGGCUUGAUCCUGAAUUACCUCCGCUUUUGGCACCUAUACCGCAAUUUUGUAGAUUGAUCGCUUUUGCAAUUAUUGCUCCGAUCAUAAUUGCUUGUUUGACGGAUUUUGCUGGUUAUGCAAUCUUUCGAACGUUAGGUUUCAGAAGGAGAAGGGUUAGGGUAAAAGAAGUUCGAGAGAAGGCGGGAAUCAAAUCGUUACCACCUCCUCUUACCGCUUCCAUUUUGGCAGCAUCAAAUAAUGGAGCACCUGAAUCUCCAUCACUUCAAGUUCGGGCUCCUCUCUUGACACCGGGCGCAUAUGAUGCAGAUACACUUUUACGACACAGAGCAAGAAGUAUAUCAGGAGAAAGUGCAGAAGCGGAAGAAGAAUGGAUUCGAACGGGCGGAAAGUUUGCAAGGGUUAGCACAGUUCGUGCAAGUCAAGAAGCAGCAGCAGCAAAAGAGAGUAGCGCAACACAAUCAUCAAUGAAUCUCAGCCCUUUGCCAAAGUUCAAUUAUCGUCAUGAACUUGCACGGGCAAAUGAUGUUGGAGUGGAUGGUGCACUUGGCUAUUCAGAUACGGAUGCAGAUGAUUCAGGAGCAGAAUCAGGCAGAAAUUCUCCCGAAAUACAACGAAAACCAUGGCGAAGAGGGUUGACGAGCAGCAGUUUAGGAUUUACGCCCGUUUCACCCUCCCCAAGAGACGGCGGCAGUGAACAGAUGGGCUUGGGGAUGUACAAUGAUCCCAAUUUGGCUACCUCAAGUGAUGCACAGAUAGAAGCCUCCAAAGCUGCUGAUUUGGAACCGAUCUCCUCAGCAAAGCUGCAAGCCCUUCAACCUUGA